ACAAGGGAUACGAAAUUAUCGCCACUUUUCACAAAAUAUGGCAUUAUUAUAAAACAAACAUAAAUUUUAAAUUUAAGCAAUGACUACCAAUACCGAAAUGCCAUGAUAACUGUUCACUUUAUUUUUACUAUUAGUUUGAUCUUCACCAUGGUCUUUAUUGCAUACUUUUUCUUCAUACUGUUGUUAAUUAAUACUAUAAAUACUAGUUCAUAUAUCCGUGUAUAUGGUGGAACAAAUCUCACAGAAGAAUCAAAUGAAUAUUUAGUUGUAAUAAGAGUAAAUCUGCAAAGUGAAGAAAGUAAAACUUGCACUGGAUCUGUGUUAAAUGCGAAUUGGAUAAUAAGUGCAGCACAUUGUUUUAGAUAUACAAAUAUUAAAACAGUAGACGUAGAACAAUUUACAGAUGGUAAGUUUGAAACAAUAGGAAAAGUUAAGCUUACUAAUAUUAAAGUACAUCCAAAGUAUGAUGAAGAUAGAAGCAUUAGUUCAGCUAAAUAUGAUGUUGCUUUGCUUAACUUGAAAAUGCUGGUCAAAAAGUUCAUGCCGAUAGCUGAAGAACUUCCGGAAAUUGGUCAAAAAGCAACUAUAGCAGGAUUUGGAGGAACCAAAUAUAAGUCUGGACCAAGCCAAGGAGUGGUUGUUAUUCAAAGAAUGAUGAAGAUCAUUUGUACGUUUGGAAAUAUUUGGGGAUGCCAUGGAGACUCAGGAGGGCCAUUAGUGUUGGAAGGUCGACUAGUGGGUAUUAUUUCUAGACGGAAAUGUAAAAGAACACAAUGCACAACGUUUUAUUCCGAUGUUUAUUCUAACCUUAAAUGGAUACAACAUGUAAUUAGUUAAACUGUGUUAUAAAAUGAAUGUGUGAACUAUAAAUUAUUCUGUGAAUCAGUUAUGAAAGAAUCUUUUUUUUCGAUUUUGACGUCAUAUUUGUAGCUUUGACAAUAAAACGUAAUAUAUAAGAGAUGUAUUUUGU